UGGACACACGGGGCACGAUGCUGCUCGGGUGGCAGCUGCUCGUCGUUGGACUGGCAUCGCUCAGCUGUGGAGCAGAAGCGAACCUGCUGGACGCCAUGCUGCUGAGGAACGGCUGGAAAGGAGCGAAAGAAAAGAGGCCGGAGGAGAGCGACGUUUCCACCACCGCCGCGUCCAAAAGCCUACUCUGGUGUCACUGCAACCACCACUGCCCCGAGGACUCGACCAACAACACCUGCAUGACGGACGGAUUCUGCUUCACCAUGGUGGAGGAGGAGGAGGGGGGCACGGCGGUCGUCACGUCCGGGUGUUUGGGCCUCGUCGGCUCGGAGUUUCAGUGCAGAGACAUGUGGAACGGACGACUGAGGAAAACACUGGAGUGCUGCACAGAGAGAGAUUACUGCAACAGAGACUUACACCCCACUCUGCCUCCUGUCAGCUCCUCCGAGUUCAUGGACAGUAGUGUCCAGUACAUGACCCUCUGUGUGUCUCUGACCGUCUGCAGCAUCGUCCUGGGACUCGUGCUGCUCCUCUGCUACGUCAGACACAAGAGGCAGGAGUCCCGUCCUCACUUCAGCCUGGACCUGGAGCAGGACGAGACGUUCAUCCCUCCAGGAGAGUCACUGAAGGACCUGAUCGAACACUCCCGCAGCGUCGGCUCAGGGUCAGGGUCAGGGCUCCCUCUGCUGGUGCAGAGGACCAUCGCCAAACAGAUUCAGAUGGUGAAACAAAUUGGAAAAGGACGAUACGGAGAAGUGUGGAUGGGCAAAUGGAGGGGGGAGAGGGUCGCGGUCAAAGUGUUUUUCACCACAGAAGAAGAAAGUUGGUUCAGAGAGACGGAAAUCUACCAGACGUUUCUGAUGAGACACGAUAAUAUACUGGGUUUCAUCGCCGCUGACAUUAAAGGCACCGGCUCGUGGACUCAGCUGUACCUCAUCACGGAUUACCACGAGAACGGCUCUCUGUACGACCACCUCAAGUCCAACGCCGUGGACACGAAGGCGCUGCUCAAACUGUCGUACUCGUCCAUAUCCGGCCUGUGUCACCUCCACACGGAGAUCUACGGCACGCAGGGCAAACCCGCCAUCGCCCACCGCGACCUCAAGAGUAAGAACAUCCUCGUCAAGAAGAACGGCUUCUGCUGCAUCGCCGACCUGGGCCUCGCCGUGAAGUUUAACAGCGACACAAACGAAGUGGACAUCCCCCUGAACCUCCGAGUGGGCACAAAGCGCUACAUGCCGCCCGAGGUCCUGGACGAGACGUUGAACAGGAGCUACUUCCAGUCGUUCAUGAUGGCCGACAUGUACAGCUUUGGACUCAUCCUGUGGGAGAUCGCGCGACGCUGCACAUCUGGAGGCAUCGUGGAGGAGUACCAGCUGCCCUAUUACGACCUGGUGCCCACUGAUCCUUCCUACGAGGACAUGAGGGAGGUGGUCUGCAUUAAGAAACAGAGGCCGUCCUUCGCCAACCGCUGGGCCAGUGACGAGUGUCUGCGGCAGAUGGGGAAGCUGAUGUCCGAGUGUUGGGCUCCAAACCCCGCCUCCCGUCUCACCGCGCUCCGCGUGAAGAAGACGCUGGCCAAGAUGUUAGAGACUCAAGACGUCAAACUGUGACAAAGUGUCCAAAGACUUUCUCCCACCACCGCCGGUCGACCGCUGGACGACGGGAGACGCAAAGACAAACGGGACAAAGCAGAGAACGUGAGCGAUGAUACGAGGGCACGAUAAAACCACGAUAAUACCACGAGAUUUAUGACCAGGUUCUGCCUUUGUGUCAGCGACUUGUGACUCCAAAUGUGCUUUCUGUGAAAGCUCCGCUCGUCGUGGACUGAACAGACUCAGACUUAGAGAAAGUCUCUUUAAGCCAUACAGUGUUUUAUGAGCAGCUUUUUGAGCUG